AAAAAUGGCGGCGCCCAUACUGUAGUCUUGCGCUCGGUUACCGGGUCAUUUUCUGCUUUUUAAAACGUACUCUUUCUGUCAUUACGGAACGUUUUGUGGUGAUAGAGCAAUGAUAAGGUGCGAGUAAACAACCCGGAUCCAGACUAAAUGCAGUUGCAGGGUCCUGUAGCCUGUCCCAGCUACUCAGGGCCAGAGGCAGGUGACACCCUGGACAGGUCUACAGUCCAUCACCUUUAGACAGGCCACCAUUCAGUCACACCCACAGACAAUUUGGAGCCGUCAGUCAACUUCUCUAUGUUUCUGGAUUGUGGGAGGAAACCAGAGUAUGUGGAGCAAUUGCACACAAUACAGGAUGAACAUGCACGCUCCUCACUGAAGAAAACAGGGUCACUCCGCAUUUCCCAGAGCGGGAUUCAACCCCCCGAACUUCUUGCUGUGAGGCUGCAAUCCUCCGGUACCUCCCUUCUUACAUCAUGCAGUUCUCCUUGAGAAGACUCGUUCUUUACCCCCUGGCCAUCGUCCGCUCGGGAGCCUUGAGGUCUUCUGUGAGGAAAUCUUUGCACCUCUCCCCAAGCUGUCGAUACUUGUUCAGUGAGACGGGGGUCUGGGAGAAGGACUAUCGGGCCGAGACCAGAAAAAAAGUGGAAGAAUGGUGGAAACCGCGAAUCAUGGCACAGUGGCAGAAGGACACACAGGAGCAGGAUCCCAAUAAGAAGAAGUUUUACGUGCUCUCCAUGUUUCCUUACCCGUCUGGACGGCUGCACAUGGGUCACGUGCGAGUCUACACCAUCAGUGACACCAUUGGACACUUCCAGAGAAUGAGGGGACACAAGGUUUUAAACCCAAUGGGCUGGGAUGCAUUUGGACUUCCAGCUGAGAACGCAGCCAUUGAAAGAGGUCUGGACCCAGAAGAGUGGACAAAAAGCAACAUCCAGUCCAUGAGGGAGCAGCUGGACAGCUUGGGCCUGUGCUUUAACUGGGACAGAGAAGUGACCACUUGUCUUCCAGAGUACUACAGAUGGACGCAGUAUCUGUUCAUCAAGCUCUUUGAAGCAGGACUGGCGUAUCAGAAAGAGGCUGUGGUGAACUGGGAUCCUGUUGACCAGACGGUGCUGGCUGAUGAGCAGGUCGAUGAAAAUGGCCACUCUUGGAGGUCCGGCGCUGUGGUGGAGCAGCGGUUGCUCACACAGUGGUUCAUUAAGACCACGAAUUACGCCAAGCCGCUGCUGGAUGCGCUCGCUGACCUCCCCGAGUGGUAUGGGGUCAAAGCCAUGCAGGCCAACUGGAUCGGGGAUUGCACCGGCUGUUAUUUCGAUUUCAAACUGAAGGUGAAUGGCGAGGACACCGGUGAGACUCUGUCGGCGUACAGCGCCUCUCCAGAGGCUGUUUUUGGAGCAGCUUAUGUUGCCAUCCUGCCCUCCCACCGCCUGCUGCACGGGAGCAGCUCAGUGCGCUCCGCACUCCAACAGUCUUUCCAACCGGGCAGAGACUCGCUGACGGAGGUCACUGCACUCAACCUGUUCACCAGCCAGGAGGUUCCUGUCGUCAUCUCGCACAGGGAGGCGUUCGAUGCCUCUCUGGACACGGUCAUUGGUACGCCGUCCUCCAGCGAGGCCGAUCUGGGCGUCGCCACAUCUCUAAAUUUAAAGUGGACCAAUGUUCUCACAAGCCACGAAGCUGGCGAUCAGACCGUCAUCAACUCGCAUGAGUUCUCAGGACUCUCAAGGGAGAAAGCUUUUGAGCUCAUCACCCAGAAGGCCAGAGAGCAGAAGGUUGGGGGACAUCUAACCAGCUCCAAGCUCAGAGACUGGCUGAUCUCCAGGCAGCGGUACUGGGGGACGCCGAUACCCUUGGUGCAUUGUGGGUCUUGUGGGCCGGUUGCCGUCCCAGAGGAGGAGUUACCGGUCAUCCUGCCGAAACUGCCCUUGCUCACUGGAAAAGGCGCUUCUCCCCUGGAGCUGGCUCACGACUGGGUCGACUGCAAGUGUCCCAGAUGUGGCGGGAAAGCCAGGCGGGAGACGGACACCAUGGACACCUUUGUGGACUCGGCCUGGUAUUACUUCAGAUACACCGACUCCAGUAACACAAGCAGGCCCUUUGAGCGCCACCUGGCGGACUCCUGGCUGCCUGUGGACGUGUACAUCGGAGGAAAGGAACACGCAGUCAUGCAUCUGUAUUACGCUCGCUUCUUCUCGCACUUCUGCCAGGACCAGGGCCUGGUGGGGCACAGGGAGCCUUUUAAGAAGCUUCUGGUCCAGGGUUUAAUCAAGGGUCAGACUUUCAGACGGGUCGACAGUGGUCAGUACCUCAAGAGAGAAGAGGUGAACCUGAAAGAAAAAGAGCCGCUGGCGUUGGAUGGCAGUCGCGUGGCAGUGACGUGGGAGAAGAUGAGCAAGUCCAAGCACAAUGGUCUGGAUCCUCAGGAGGUUGUGCAGCAGUACGGCGUGGACACGGUUCGUCUGUACAUCCUCUACGCUGCGCCCCCGGAGCAGGACAUCCUCUGGAACGUGAAGACCGAUGCUCUUCCUGGAGUUUUGAGAUGGCAGUCCAGACUCUGGCAGCUGGUCACCAAGCUGAGAAGCGGCCGCCAACUCGGGGAUGUCCCGGACCCCUCACGACUGAAAAAGAAGGAGCAGGCAGAGGCCCUCAACAUUUGGCGCAACAAAAACUACGCCAUUCAGGAGGUGACGUCCAACUUCACUGACGACUUCCUUUUCAACGCCGCCAUCGCUCGCCUGAUGAGUCUGAGCAACACGCUGAGUGCGGCGACGGUCAGGGUGGUCCAGCACAGUGUGGAGUUUGAAGAAGCCCUCGCGGCUCUGGUUGUCAUGACGGCGCCCAUGACUCCUCACCUGUCGUCUGAGCUGUGGGCAGGUCUCUGCCAGGUCAACCACCCACUGAGCGACUCUCUCAGGAGAGGAGGAGACGUCCUGCAGCAGCCCUGGCCAGCAGUGGACCCCAAGUAUCUGGAGACCCCGGAGUUUGUGGACAUAUCUGUGCUGAUCAACAAUAAGAUGUGUGGCCGGGUGACAGUACCACUGCAGGACUCCAGAGAUCCGGAGCUGGUGCAGAGGCUGGUCCUGGAGAGUCCGCUCGGGCAGGAGGUGCUGAGCGGACGGCACGUCAAGCGGGCCAUCCUCUCGCCCAGGGUGGCGCUCAUCAACUACCUGCUCGAAGAGGAUGAUGGAGCGGUGAAACCUAUGGCAGAACCUGGUUCAGACGGAUUCUCCAGUGAUCGGAUUAGAAGCUGAGACGUCCGGCUGGGACUCAGUGUAGACCUGCUGUCUUGAGGGUGUUCCUGGGCGGGAGCCCCGGGGCAGAGCCAGGAUCAAGUCUCUUAAAUCUCCUCGGUGUUUCCCUUGGAAGCUGGUGGCAAGCCUCCAUGAACUCCUCAGCCUGGGCCUCUUCACGUCCAAUGCUGCCCCCACGACCUCACAGAAGGCGAGACGGAGAGCUCUGUGAGCAGAAAUAUUCAAAUGAAAUGAAAGAAGUGACUCAUCGUUGCAGGAUGGAAGGAUGAAGGUCUCCAGUUGCCCGACUUCAUCACACCUGACGUGAAAAGCUCGGGCCAAGGUCGCGCCGCUGCCUGCUUCUCUCUCGGUGAAAUGAAAUGUCAAACUUUGCUGACGUUGAUUUUGUUAUCGCCACCAUCAACCCUGCUUGACACAUCCUCCUGUUUCCAUGGCAACUGGGAUGGUAUUUAUCAACCCGUCCGCUCUCCAACGAUGACGUUUCUGACCACACACUCUGGUCCCUGAUGAGUUGCAAAAGAUCUUCACUUCCUCUUGAGAAACUGUUGAGAGGAGAAAACUGGGAGGGGCCCGCUGAUACUCGCCAACUGAAGACGGUGGUGCUUGACUUGAAUGGAUGAGUCAGCAGAGCAAAGUCCGAAAGACAGAAGGAUUUAAAAGAAAAUGUAGUAAACAUUUAGAAAACCUGUCACAAUAUGAUGAAUAAUGCAGUAAAACAAUAUAUGUGAUGCUAAAAUAUAUGAUUAAAUAAUGUAAAGACAAGUGUAAGUAAUGUGUAAUUACAUAUGAUCGUAAGUGUCCUGUGGUAACAGGUCCACUGCUCAAGUUUGUGAUGAGCGUUUGAUCACGCAUAUCUGCUUCCAUUCACCAAAGACAGUGAGGUGGAUCCAUGAACUUGAUCACAGUUGUCCUCUUCUAAAAUGGACUAUGAUGUGAAAACACCCGUCUCCCCAGGUCUCUCGACUCCAGCUGCUCGGCUCCAUCACACAGCUCUUCACCACUGCAGCUGUCUCAAGUCUCGCUCAUUUCUUUUGUGAAACCGAAGUUUCAGGGCGCAAAAUCCAGUCUCGUCGUCAUUUAGUGCCUCAACAGACUGUUCAAACCUUCAUAAUCUCCUACAGACAGUGAAUGCAGCACAGCAGACUCAGAUUUUACAAUACGAUUUUUAAUCUCAGAUUUAGUACAUGUGCUCGUCAGAAGUAGUUUUAAUACUCAAAAUGAACUGUGGAGAUCAAAAAAAGUUAGUAGAGAAUUGAGUUUUUAUUCAUUUUCCCUUUUUUUCUUUCAGAAUUAUGCUAUUUUAAUGCAUUUUAACAGCUUUUUGGUUCUUCAAAUAAAUACAAUAUGUAUGGAAGAAAAUGCCA